AUGAUCGGCCUCAAGGGCACUCUCAAUGUCAUCGACAACUCCGGAGCUCUGCUCGUAGAGUGCGUCAAUGUCCUCAAGCAAAAGGUCAAUAACGGCUGGGGCAGCGUCGGCGACGAGAUCGUCUGCGUCGUGAAGCGUGCCCGCCCAAUUUCCGCCGCACAGAGCGGGUCUAAUGCCAUCAAGGUCCGCAGAGGAGACGUGCGUCGCGCCGUGAUCGUGCGCACGAAGAAGACGGUGCGCAGACCGGACGGGCGAUUUAUUCGCUUCGAUGACAACGCCGCGGUCCUGCUGAACAACAAGCGCGAGAUGCUGGGGACACGUAUCGGCGGGGUUGUGAGCGCGGAUCUUCGAAUGAAGGGUUGGGGAAAGAUUGUCAGUCUGGCUCCCAAGCCAGGGCUACUAGUCUACUCCUAA